UGGCAGUUCCGAAGUCCCCGAGUUUUACCCAGAACCCUCUGCUGCAGUACUCUCUGCUGCUAGCAGACGAGCAGCGCCUGGCCGUGUGCUGUGCAGGCGACAGCAGGCGAUGUGGUGACGGGGCAGGCACCACCGCGGCGAGCAAAUAUAAAUGGAUAUCGCGACACCCGCGCGCCCGACAUGAAGAAGUUCACUUUUAAAGGAGUGUUGGACGGAUUUCGGUCCUCUGUGAGCCAGCAGGCGCGAGCCGACCAGGAGAUUGUGGAAACACUUCGACCGGAUAACUUCCAAGUUGCCAAGACCUUUCGCCAUGGCUUCCCAUACCAACCCACGGCCAUGGCCUUCGACCCCGUGCAGAGGCUGCUGGCGGUGGGCUCCAAGAACGGCUCCCUCAGGAUCGUGGGCCGACCCGGCGUGGAUUCCUCCAUGCGCCACGAGACGGACGCCGCAGUGAUCCAGCUCCAGUUCCUCGUCAACGAGGGCGCGCUGCUCUCCGCCACCGCCGACGACUCCAUACAUCUGUGGAACUUCCGUCAGAAGAGGCCGGAGGUGGUGCACAGCCUCAAGUUCCAGAAAGAAAAGAUAACCUACAUGCACCUCCCACUGCAGAGUAAAUGGCUGUACGUCGGCACUGAAAAGGGAAAUAUCCACAUUAUCAACAUCGAGCAGUUCGUCGUGUCAGGCUACGUCAUCAACUGGAACAAGGCCAUCGAAGUAUCGCGAAAGACUCACCCGGGACCCGUGGUACACCUCAGUGACUGUCCCAUCGAUCCGAGCAAACUGCUCAUCGGGUACGAGUCGGGGCAGCUGGCGCUGUGGGACUUGAAGCUGAAGCAGGCGGAGCUCCGGUGGCAGAGCACCGAGAGACUGCGCUCGGCCGGCUGGCACUACGACGGCAAGCAGUUCAUGUGUUCGCACCAGGAUGGCUCGCUCACCACCUGGGCCGUGCGGCCGGGCGCCAAGCCCGUGAGCGUGUUGUUGCCGCACGCCAAGCCCAACAAGGACGGCAAGCUCGACGCCUGCAAGCCCGUGGACAAGGUCGAAUGGAAGGUGGCGCGCUCAGGUGAAACCUAUGUGAUAUUUUCGGGUGGACUCGCCAACGACAAGUCGGGACGCAUCCCCAGCAUCACUGUGGUCCACGGCAAGAACACCACUGUGCUGGAGAUGGAGCACAAAGUUAUAGACUUCAUCACGCUCUGCGAGAGUCCAUACUCCAGUGAGCCUCAGGAACCGUAUGGUAUAGCCGUUCUUCUGCACAACGACCUGGUGGUGAUCGACCUGUUCGCCCAGGGCUUCCCUUGCUUUGAGAAUCCGUACCCGAUGGACCUGCACGAGUCGCCCGUGACGUGUUGCACGUACCUGGCGGACUGCCCCUCGGACCUCAUCCCCGCCUUCUACUCGGUGGGCAGCCGGACGCACAAGCGCACCGGCUUCACCGAGCGAGAGUGGCCCAUCAACGGCGGGGAGUGGUCCCCCACCAGCUGCAGCUACAACGAGAUCAUCCUCACCGGGCAUGCAGAUGGCAGUAUUCGGUUCUGGGACGCCUCUGCCGGCACGCUACAGGUGCUCUACAAGCUCAAGACGUCCAAGGUCUUCGAGAAGCCCCAGUCUCGGAGCGUGGACGGUGCGGACGACGACCCAUUAGCCAUCCAGCUCAUCUCGCUGUGCCCCGAGAGCCGGAAGCUCUGCGUGGCGGGCGCCUCUUCCCAUGUCAUACUCUUUAAAUUUAGGAAACAAGAGUCAACCAGUGAUACGACGACCUUAGAAAUCCCAAUCGUGUACGAAGUUUCAGACGACGUUGCUGAGGGCUCACCAGAGGCGGAGUACCCUCCCCGACCUAGCCUAGUCUCUCACAGAGGAGAGUCGAACGACGCAGAAGGAAAGAAGUCUUCGUUAGAGUAUGCCUUGCCCCUAAAAGUGAAGCCUGGGCCACAGAAGAAGCCCGCUGGUUUCCAAGCGCACAUCGUUUGUAUCACGCCCUGGGUCAACGGCGAGCAGCCAGGACAAAUCACUGCUCUUAGUAUCAACUCUUCGUAUGGACUGAUGGCGUACGGCAACGAGUCGGGCAUCGCCGUGGUCGACAUCGUGCAGCGCACGUGUGUGAUAUCCAUGGGGACGCCCGACCUGUACGGCAGCGCUGACCCCUACCAGCGGGUGCCGCGCUCCCCCAAGCGCGGUGGGCAGCAGGACGGCCAGGACGACCCGCGCUGCCGAUCGCCUUCCAACGACCAGGACGUAACCUCCGUUCCCUCUCUCUCCCUGCCGUCCCCUCUCCACAAGGACAAGGAGGAGCGCGACAGCGACAGUGACCCAGCGACCAGGACGCCCGCCGGCGCCUCGGGGCAGCCCUCGCCCGAGGAGUACUACGAAGAGGCCCCCGUUGGUGCUUUGGAGCCCGCCCACCGGCCGACCACUAUAGUGACGUACUCGCCGGAUCCCAACCGCAAGAGAAGCCACUCGUGGAAAGGUUUCAGCUUUAAAAAGCAGUUUAGCAAGGUGGACAUGAGGCUGAAGCCGACAAGGCCCGGGCAGGCCAUAGCCGCUCAUCAGGGUGGCUCUAAGCGCCCCUCUGUCACCAUCUCCUACCCAUCUGUCACACCUAGUCAGCUGUCCCCUGUGGGAACAGAUUCCCCCCCGGACUCGAACGAAGAUCUCAAAGAGAUGUCGACCCCUGAGACUGAGGACGCGCCCAAGGCCUACCUGGAGGACCCCGGCCUCUUUAGUCCUGACGAGGUGAGCGUGGAGUACGCGACGGAGGCGUGCGAAUACCUGAGCGACUCAGGCAUGGACUCGGACGCAGACCGCGUCAACCGCCGACCCGCCGACUUGCCGUUGUUCGACGCAGACGGCAAGCCCAUGCGGCCGCCAAGGAGAAGGGAGAGCGUCAUGAAAAAGGCCAUGGACAAAAGGGACGGGCGACUGCUGUCUGUGCCGAACAUUAAGUACCAUCGGUCGGACCACCACCACCUGAGGGACCUUCGACGAAAAGACGAGGCCUCCUCCAGUGCGCCUGCGUUUGGUGGAUUCAUCCGCAGGUUCAAUAAACUGGACAGUUCUUUUUCAAGAUCCAGAAGCUCAAGUAUGUCUAGUCUUGAAAACAUAAGCGCAGAAGCAAUUCAGUGCUUAGCUUUCGCUGAUUCGUACACUAAAAAAUCGGAUCCGUGUGCGUAUCCCACUCUGUGGGUUGGAACUAGUCUCGGAUCAGUGCUCACUUUAAUGAUAGUGGUACCCGCUGGAGACGCGCGGGCCGUUCAACCAGUUGCUAUCAGUCCUUGUGGAACUAUAUUCAGGCUAAAGGGAUGUAUUCUGACGAUGUCGUUUCUUGACUGCAAUGGUGCGCUUAUUCCCUAUUCAUAUGAGCCGUGGAGAGACGAGAAUAAAGAAAGCCGGCAAAAAACCCCAACCAAGUCUGGCUGCAAUAGUCGUAUGUCACCAACAUUAGGUGGCUCGGCAGGCAUGGCUUCUGACCAGUUUGCAGACCGUCAAUUUGUAGUUCUAACAUCAGAGAAGCAGGCUAGAGUUGUAGCGUUACCGUCACACAAUUGUGUGUAUCGACAGCAGAUAACAGAUGGGGAGGGUUUCGUCGUGAAGGCGGAAAUUAUAUCACUGAAAGAUAGUGUUUGCCUAGUUGUCUACGUUUCAAGUGGCCAUAUCAUAGCAUACAGUCUCCCAAGCCUUCGGCCAUUAAUAGACAUCGACUUCCUUCCUCUAGCUGAUCUGAGUUUUCAGACAGCGAAACAAGGCAUUGUAGACCCUAUGUUAUCCAUAUGGGGUCAACAGAUGUUUGUUAAUGAAGACACGGACCAGAUAGCAAGAACUUUCUGCUUUAGCAAUCGAGGUCAUGGAUUAUUUUUGAGUUCUCCAACUGAGGUCCAAAAGUUCACUGUUUCAGCAGAGUUUUGCUCGAGUCUAGCAGAAAUGGUAGGCGAGCUGUUUUUGCCACGAGACAUGCCCGAACAGCCGAAACAAAGCUUUUUGCAAGGUCUCUUCGGUGGAGGGGUUCGUUCUCUUGACAGGGAAGAACUUUUCGGAGAGUCGAGCGGACGGGCAUCAAGGAGCAUUGCCAAGCAUAUCCCAGGGCCCUCAGCUAAUAUAGAGGCGUUGAAGCAGAAUGCUGGUACGGCGGCUGGAGCGAUUUCCCAGGCUCACAUGAUGGCUGUGGAACGUGGGGAAAAGCUGAGCCAACUAGAGGAGCGUACACAGCGGAUGAUGAACGAGGCCGAGAACUUCUCCUCUUCAGCUCAUGGACUAAUGCUCAAGUACAAGGACAAGAAGUGGUACCAGCUAUGAGCAAAUUAUAGCGGUGGCAGUACAGCCUUCGUUGUUCACAUUGUAAAAGAGAAACGAAUUAUCAAAUUCUUCGUUUGUCUUGAUCCGAGUGUCUUCUGGCUUGACAUUGUUACCAAAAAGGUCAAAUGUAGUCCGGACCCUCGCAGUUGUUUGUAUUUGAGGUGAACUGUAAAGACGCACGGUUAAUUGAUGAAGCACUGUCUUUGUGUGACGAUAAAGUCGUAGACCUUGUCUCAUUUUCCUCUUCUUAAUGUAGAUUCGGAAGUCUGCAUACAAUUACUGUAUCAAACAUCAGACUUACUGACUGAAAUAUUUUCAUGAAAUUUGAUAAUGAAGCUGGGUUUUUCUGCCCUCAAGAGCUGCCUAGUGCAGAAUUUGCGAUGUUUGGUCGUGAUUUUUUCAUAUUGAAAGUGCGUCAGAGCUCGCGAAUUGCAUUUGCCUCCUGAACUAUGUUUAAUUGUGACGACAUGACUGAGGCCGUGUUUGAAUCGCAUUACCCUGCCAUAUUCCAUAUGUUAUGUUUGUACUCCUGAAGCAGAAGCACGUAUUAUUCUUCCGAUACUUAUUUCUACCUAGUAACUAAUUGCAUAACGGCACGUGUAGCUUCACGUUUAAAAUAUUGGUCGUAUAAUACAUACACAAAAAUAUUAUUUAUCGAGUGUUCAUUGAAGAGAAGUUGGGAAUGAAAGUAUUUGGAUGAAAACGCAGUUCCGUCGAAUGUUUUCGAGUGGUUCUGAGAUCUUUUUCUCUGAUUUCCUUUUGUUACACACUGUCUCGGACCAAGCAUCUUUGUCGUACGACCAAUAUUGGCAUAUCGUUUUUUCUAUUGUGGUAUUGUUGGUGGCCAUGACCCCCUGAUGCUUAAGUGUUUGCCGUGUGCUGAUACAGCUGGUUCCCUUACAUCUUACACACGAUAAAUCAGAUAACAAAAAAUUUAUGUCGCCUUUUGAUACUGGGCGACCUUCUUGUCCUCUUUGUGUCAGUUGAAGCUAAUGCACCUAUGUUACAAGGAGUAAAUAAAUGUGUAUUUUGUGAAUAUGUGCGUGAAUGUAUAUAUAUAUUUAUAAGUGCGUGUGUUCGCGCAUUCGUGUUAUCAUUGGGAAUGUCGUUUUGUUUGUAAUUUUGUUACUAAUGUUGUAAUAUUUUUGUUACAUAUGUUAUAUUGUACAUUUUCUAGUUGACUUGUACCAUGAAGACGCUUAUCAUGAUGAAAUAGAUGAUAUUGUGUGACACGUUGAUAAAAGUUAUGAAGAGUUGUGUAAAUUCUCUGAUAUAACUGUAUAAAGUCAUAUUAUAGUAAUUAUAUUAGCAUAUGCGGAACGUGAAAUUAGCGAAUGCUAAAGGUGUUUACCGAAUGUGUUUCGUUAACAAAUUGUAAUGGUAGGUCCGCUGGCGGAUAAGUGCCCUGAAUAUUGAGAGCUCUUAUUUUCUAAAUACAUCGACGGUGUUACUGAACUGCAUAUGUGAUGUGGUUCACAAGUAGAAACCCCGUAAGGGAGCAUCUUCCUUUUUGUACUUCUUUGAAUAAAACUAGACCUUUGUUGUAGGAAAGUGGUUUAUAUUAGAUCUCUAAGUGACACAUUAAUGCUUCAGUCAUAUCUUCCAUAGUUAUUGAUGUGCAAGUAACCAUGUUACAAUGUGAUUAACGUAAAGAGCACUGCUUCCCCUUUCGUUAAGUUAUGACAAAUGCUUUAAAAUCGUGUUAUAAGAGAAUUGCUAACUGAAGGGAAAAUAUUUGCUAUAGUUGAAAUGGUGGUCAACCCAAUGCAAAUCAGGUUUUUACAUGACGUACGCAAUUAAUGAAAAUGAAUUCCCACAUAUCUCCGCUGCCCAGAAAUUGUGGUGGUUUCUGGAACGUUGUUGGGGAGUAACAGCACAAAUAGUUGUGAAUCAGGCAUCACAAUAGUUUGAUUAUUAAUUCUUUUAGACGUAUCGUCUUGUGCUGGUAACGACUGUCGAUAAACAAUACUCCGACAUUGAACUAUUAGGUUAAACCUACGGAUGUAGUCAUGUAAGUAGACUCCGUGUCUCUUAGUAUGUGAGUGUUCAUGUACUCAGCUAUGCUUUAACUUUUGGUAGCGCAUUUUUCUCAGAUAUGAAGCGUUUAUGACAUUCCAGAGCAAUAUAUACGUUCCUGAAAGGAAUAACUUAUACCAUAUAACAUGUAUCUACUUAACUAGAAGUAUAGAAAUAGUAACCAAGUACCAUUGCAAAAUUUUAAAAAAACCCUCAACACUUUUGGGGGAGACAUAAGAGGCAAUAGUUUACGCUAGCUGGAUCAGUCCUCAUUUGUAAAGGCCUUGUCUUCAUCAUGAUAUGGUUAUGAGAGCGAUGCAAACGAACUCUCCUAAGCCUCCUUAUAUUUUUAUAUAUUGUUAAGUGGGAACAGAAUUGACUACUGCAUUUUGCGUUAUUUUACGUUUUAGUUUCUUUUUAACGUAGGAUCUCCUACGUGACGCAAAAUGCUCGAUAAGAACUACAGAAUGUUCGGUGAUCAUUGAUAGACAUCUCGCGUAUUGUUGCAAAGUCAGCAACUAUAUUUGUUUAAAGACAAUAUUGUUGGUCAACUUGAACUGACGGGAAUUGUAUUUAAAUUUGUGCUGUAUACCCUUUUACUGCAUACGGUUUUCCCCGAGAAUUUCUGAUUCAUGGUGAGCACAAGAUCUAGGUCUGUCCUGUAAUUGCAAGGUGUAGCGAUCGCUUCUAAAGCCCAAUUCAAAAUUUAUUGUUGCGGUUUAUUUUUUUGCACGCCCACUGUAGAAUAAAUACAUUUCGAGUAAAUUAUUCACCGCCAAAACUCCAAAAUUUACAACAUAGACAGGGUAUUUGAAAUUGUAUCUCUUCCAAAUUAGUGCCAUUUCCAAUUGGUCACAAACCAUUCCGAGAGGUUAAUGGUCCAUCACUAAAACGGUCAAUGUAUAUGUUUUGCGUUGACGUUGGCCGAGCUUGUUAAGUGUGUUUUGUAGGCAGAAUUUGUUUUGGUCCCCUCUUAAUGUGAACUAUGGCUAGGCCGUUUAUUUGUUCAAGCUGUCAAUUAUCAGCACAAAAACUUCCAAGCUUGCUCGUCUUCCACCAUCUGGUUCCAAUUUCCUUCGCUGAUCACGCGGACAAGUUCAUUGUUGGUACUUAUAUGUUCACUAUUUUGAAAAGCAAAGGGUACUUAUUCUGGCACACUCAGAAUAUUUCAUAAAUGUGCGCCCUUUCCGUUUGAAACUAUUUUAAAACUGAAUGUGGCGUUCGGAGUUUGCAGCAUGUCUUGGUAAUGGUUUCAAGAAAAGUGAUAAUAAUCUCUUUCAGAUUUUUAUUGAAACAGUAGUCUUGUACUUUAACCUCUGCUGUAUAUUUAGGGUACGCCCCUGAUGAGCCAAAGGACAUGAGGUGUACACCUUUUUCUGUUGUUUCUGUUUUAAUAUUAUUCUAGUGUCAUAAUGUUCAAAUUUAUUUGCUCAGUUGAAGGCUUUUAGUGCCAGCUGCAUCUUCUCAUGGAGAGAGACUGCGGCACUUAAAAUGUAAUGUGGCUAUUCGAUGCACGUGUAUGUUUGUCCUUACAGACUACAAACAGCCCCUAAAGAUUUCUUUGUUACGUUCUAAAUCUAUGUCUCUCUGUGUGUGUCUUUCGCAACCCUUGUCUAUCAUGUGUCGCGACUAAUUUUUGAAGCAUGCCGUUACCAAAAUUGUUUCAUGCCGAAAUACUGCUCUGAUUGUUCUAUUUUUUCUUCCAUUUCUCCAAAGCGUGCUUUAAGAAAGUAUCAACACUUCGGUUUUGAAAGUCCAUUUAGAAACGUUAUUCUUAAAUCUCUACACCUAACACUUAAAAACAAUCAUAUUAUAAAGUCAUAAUUACAUUCUGAAUACUAAAUUAUGGUGCGUAACUGUCAGAUUGAGACUAGAGUUAAAUUUAUCCAAACGGAUCUGAAAAUAAAGUUUUGUCUGCUCUUUAAGUGAAGCCAGGGAUGUUAUAGCCUACAGAGUUGCUAUGGUUCAUUUUUAUUGAUCAGGUUGACAACAGGUGCGUCGCGAACUCAAAAAUUUGUUGGCAGAUGAAGUAAACGCAUGCAUAGUCGAAAAUUUAUUUACAUUCUUAUAUAUAAUCUGAGAAGCCUUUGAGCAUUAAAGCAGACUUGGACUUCUGACACAUGCUGACAUAUGAGUUUCUGGGACGUUAGUAAAUGUAACCUCUGCAGAGAGAGGUAUCUCUCGUAGCGUGAGAACUUGAAGACAACUUAGGAAAUUUUUGAAGUCUGACUUGCUAUGUUCAGUCUUAAAAUGUCCUUGGGCCCAUCAGGGUCUACGUAACCGUUCUUUGUUACCGUACUUAAAAUCGUUAAAGAAAGGGAAUCAUGUGAUAUUAUAUUCUGCCCAUUCUUGGUUGUUAACCUGAUAUUUGUUAAUGCGAAAACUAAUGUUAAAUACGAUUGAGCAGCGUAAGCAAUUGUUUACCCGAUGUUCAAUGGUAUAAAGAGUAUUAUUAUGUUUUUAUCAAUCAUCCUGUAAUGAUUUGAAAUGUUAGACUGUUACUCAAUGUUUUAAGAGUAUUUAGAGGAAGUAUUGUGGUAAUGAGAGGUAGCUAGAUUGGACCGAAUGAUUGCAAGUCGGAGCACAAGCUAUAUCACCUCAUGAUCAAGUUGUGGUUUGUUAAGUUUAACUGUGAAUGUUAAUUGUUUUUGUUUUCUGAACUCAAAUAGUUCACUAUAGUCAAGAUGAUUUCUUUAUUAACCAAUUUCAAAAAAAAUGAUUUUUAAAAAUCAGUCCGUUUUACCUAAGUCAGAAAAUAUGUGUACAUCAUGUAAAUCACAUACGUUCUAGCAAAAUUGUAUUUAAAUAUUGAUAGACAAUAAGAGAUGAAAAUUGUGUGAAUAUUUUAUAAGAUUUCUUGUAUGUGUACAGAAUGAAUGUCAGCCUUAUAAAUAUGAAAGUAUUAAAAGCGAAUUGUUUAAAA